GUCCCCCGGUGAAGGGAGUAUUUGAUUUUGAUAGGAAAGGAAAGACGGACACGGCAGCACCAGAGCAGAGCAGAGCAGAGAAGUAGUAGUAACAGGCUGGCUGCCAACCACAAUCAGAAGCACUCUUCUCCUCCUCCUCCUCCUCCUCAAGGCCAAAAAGGCCGAAACUCCAAAGCCAGGUCUUGAUUUGAGAGACAAUGUUGUAUUUGUAUUUGUAAGAGCAACAGUCAAGUCUGCGGGUGCGAGGGAGGGACGGAGGGAGGGCGAUUUGUUUCUCCGUGCUCUCUCUGUUUGCGUUUGUGUUUAUAGCAGCUCAUUCUCUUUCUUUCUUUGUUUGCCUCCCUCGUUCAUUUCAUUCAUCCAAUUCCAAACCCAACGGAUUUAUUCAUACAGAACACACAGGAGACUGAACGACUCCAAAAUACCAACAACAAAAAGGAAAAAAACGAAAUGGCCUUUCAUUUUCAACGCCGCCGCCUCCACUACUACCACUGCUUUCGCUUUCUUCUUCCCCUCAUUUCCGCCAUCUCCGGAGCCCUUCUCAUCCUCUUCGCUCUUCUCUUGGUUCUUGCUCCUUCUCCUUCUCCUCUCGAUGUCAAUCACCUCCAUCAACCACGUCACCAACACUCUUCCUCUUCGUUCAAUGUUGGCGUGGACGAUGAUGCGAUUGGAGUUCCAGUCUUUCGUGUUCCGAGCCGUGGAGGGAGAUCAGAUCGCGAUAUUUGGACUUCUAGGAAUUCAAACUUCUACUAUGGAUGCAGCAAUGCCACCCACAAGUUUCCAAAUGUUGAUGAAAUUACACCUCCUAAUAGGUACUUGGCAAUUGCAACCAGUGGAGGUUUGAAUCAACAAAGAACUGGGAUUACAGAUGCCGUUGUUGCUGCUCGUAUACUGAAUGCUAGUCUUGUUGUUCCAAAGUUGGACCAGAAGUCUUUCUGGAAGGAUGCGAGUAACUUUUCAGAGAUCUUUGAUGUUGAUUGGUUUAUAUCUUUUCUAUCAAAAGAUGUUAAAAUCAUUAAGCAGCUCCCCAGAAGGGGAAAGGGAGGUAAAGCGUGGACACCAUCAACUAUGCGUGUCCCAAGGAAGUGUAGUGAAAGAUGUUAUCAGAAUCGUGUAUUACCUGUUCUUUUGAAAAGGCAUGCUGUUCAGCUCAACAAGUUUGACUACAGACUUGCAAACAAGUUGAGUACAGAUCUUCAAAAAUUAAGAUGUAGAGUAAACUACCAUGCUUUAAAGUUUACUGACCCAAUACAGAAAAUGGCUAAAAAGUUGGUUCAUCGAAUGAGGAUGAGAAGCAAGCAUUAUAUUGCAUUGCACCUGAGGUAUGAACCUGAUAUGCUUGCAUUCUCAGGAUGUUAUUAUGGUGGAGGAGAUAAGGAAAGGAAAGAACUGGGUGCAAUACGAAGGAGGUGGAAGACUUUACAUAUAAGCAAUCCUGAUAAGCCAAGGAGGCAUGGGAGAUGUCCACUUACUCCAGAAGAAGUUGGUCUGAUGUUGAGAGCACUGGGUUAUGGCAGUGAUGUUCAUAUCUAUGUGGCAUCAGGAGAAGUGUAUGGAGGAGAAGAAACAUUGGCACCCCUUAAGGCACUAUUCCCCAACUUUUAUUCGAAAGAUACAAUAGCAACGAAGGAGGAACUGGAACCAUUUUAUUCAUUUUCUUCUCGCAUGGCUGCACUUGACUUUAUAGUUUGCGAUGAAAGUGAUGUCUUUGUCACCAACAACAAUGGUAAUAUGGCUAAAAUAUUAGCCGGACGAAGGAGAUAUUUUGGACAUAAGCCUACUAUUCGUCCGAAUGCUAAAAAACUCUACCGGUUGUUCCUAAGCAAAGAGAACAUGACCUGGGGAGCUUUCGCUUCUAGCGUUCGUACUUACCAGAGAGGCUUUAUGGGCGAGCCAAAUGAAGUGAGGCCAGGCAGGGGUAGCUUUCAUGAGAACCCACACACCUGCAUAUGUGAAGAUUCGCAGGCCAAGGUCAAGAGGGAUGUGGGACCAAGAAAAUAUGGUAAGGGUAUUAAUGAAACAAGAAGAGAUGAAGUAGAAUCUGAUGCCCAAAACGUGGAAGAUGAUCCAGAAUGGCCUGAUACUGAUGAGGAUGAGGAUCAAAGUGGCCCUCUGGACAAUGAUAUGUUUAACAGAACAGGUGUGGAUUAUGAUGCUGUCAGCUCCGAGGAACCUGAAUUGGAGGAGUUGCUUUCGGAUUAGACGAUAUGUUCAACUGAUUAAAAUGUGCAAUUUCUUCCUCAUAUCUUUCCCUUUAACUAUUUCCAUCUCUAGCCUGCCCAAAAGUUUUGAAUAUGGACCCUCCUACCUGCCUAUAUCAACUGUACAUAAAACUGAGGAUAGAUAAUGUGCAUCCCCUACUUUUGUGGGUACUGGCACGAGGCUCAUUUGAUGACAGCAAACUGAUUUUCGACCUCAAAACGUGCAAAGCAUCCUAUGUGCAAUUGCAAUGGUCACGAACGGAAGAUGGAUUUUGAUGGGGCAAUGAGUCGGAAGCAGAUGUGAGCAGUCAGAGAAUGGGUGUUUGGAACCAAGGUUGGAUUGAGCCUCGACGCUUAUACUAAGAAUAUUUGAACUACUCACAAGAAUGUUUAGCCUCUUUCCAAAUCACCUGAGAAAUCAUAAAGGUGCAAGGGAAGUUGGUUUUGGGGGGUUUGGUUUACAGUCUUUCUAAUAUUUUUAACCGAAUUGAGAGACAGAUGGCAGUUGUAAAUUAAUUAUAAGACUAGACCUGUUUUUUCCUUUUUCCUUUUUCCUUUUGUCUGGAGGACUUGACCAGUUUAAAAUCUAGAGAUAUAUAUUUUCCUUUUGAUGUCUAA